AUGGUGUCAGUUUUGAGGCCUGGGAACUCUACAGGGCCUGUGGCAGUGGAACCAGCAUCCCAGACAGGAAGAUGUACACCUGUAAUCAGCUUGCCCUUCUUUGCAGUGUAUCUAAUAGCUGUCCCGGAGAACACCAUCAUCUUAUUUGUGAUCCAAACUGAAUGCAGCCUCUACAUGGUCUACUUCCUUGCCAUGUUGACUUGCACUGAUUUGGGCUUAUCCAUAGCCACCAUUCCCAAGAUGCUGGGCAUUUUCUGUGAGGCCUGCAUCACACAGAUGUAUACCAUACACAUAUGCACUGGCCUGGAAUAUGUGGUGCUGACAGUUAUGAUCAUAUAUUGAUAUGUUGCUAUAUGCAACCCACUGAAGUAUAACAUGAUCCUCACCAACAAGGUACUAGCUGCUAGUGUAGUCAUCAUAGUUAGGACUUUGGUGUUUGUGACUCCAUUUAUAUUUCUCAUCUUGAGGUUGCCAUUCUGUGGUGUCCAGAUUGUCCCCCAUACCUACUGUGAACACAUGGGUUUGGCAAAGCUAGCAUGUACCAGUAUCAGGGUCAAUGUCAUUUAUGGAUUAGUUGCUUUCUCAGAGGGAUACAUCAACCUAUCUGUGAUUGGAUUUUCCUACAUCCGUAUUCUCCAAACAGUCUUUCACCUUCCAUCCUGGGAUGCUCGGCUCAAGGCCCUUAGCACAUGUGGCUCCCAUGUGUGUGAUUUGGCCAUUAACCUACCAGCCCUCUUCUCCUUCAUGACACAUUGAUUUAGCCAUAUCCCUCAUUACAUACACAUACUUCUAGCCAACCUGUAUGUGGUUCCCCCUGCCCUGAACCCUGUUAUCUAUGGAGUCAGAACAAAGCAGAUAAGGGAAAGAGUACUAAGAAUGCUUAGCCCUAAAUCCAGUGAAAUUUAUCUCCACAAUCUUCAUAACAGUUCAAUAUAA